UGUUAUAGUCCUGUCUAACAGUUAUAAGUAAUUAGUACUGUAGCUAGAAAUAGUGUCUUAUUAUUAUUGUUGACCAUGUCGAAUAUACAGAUAUAUAUAGUGAUCAUGUGUCUUGUUUUUGUUGCGGAGUGGAUUAAAGCAUUACCUGCUGAACCGCCACAGUUUUUUGAGGCAGCUUUCCAAGGGCAAUGUGACCGCGGAAGUCCAUGCGAACAACUGUGCUAUGAGUUGCAUGAUGGAAUGUACGAGUGCGAUUGUGUAGAAGGAUAUGAACUCCACCGAAAUGGAUACAGUUGUGUCGAACUGAAUUCUACAUCCGUGCUGCAUCUGGAAACUGAAAUUGACGAUGGACAAGAUAUUAUAUACCAGAAGGAUUCCUCAUUUUCAGCGGAACUGGAUAUAAGCCUAGACACGUCGAAUGAUAUCAAUAGUAUAUACUCAAAUCAACAACCGAUCAAAGCAGAUUAUGCGGAUAUAACAACGAAUGGACCAGGUCUCGAACAAAAAGUACCCAGAAGUUCAUCGGCAUCAGAAAGUACAGUGAGCUUAUCCACAUCUACAGCAGCUCCAACGAUACAAUGUUCGUUACAGUGCCGUGCAGGCGGAUUAUGUGUGAACGACAAAGACCAGCAACGAUGUCAAUGUUUGCUGGGAAAGGGCGGAACUUUAUGUGAUGAAGAUUUGAUAAUUCACAAUCCUCGUUUCACUGGAAGUGGCUGGGCAUCCUUUCCAGUACUCCAAGCCGCAUACAAACACGUGCAGGUCAAUCUUGAGAUACGGCCGGAAACUUAUGAUGGGAUAUUCUUUCUUACGGGCGAACGUGAUGACAUGGCCGGCGAUUUUAUGGCGAUGCUUCUGCAUCAAGGUUUUGUCGAAUUCCGAUUUGAUUGUGGUUCUGGACUAGGAAUAAUACGGUCUGAGCAAACUAUUAUCCUCAAUAAGUGGAAUAAAAUUACUUUGUACAGACAUCGCUGGGAUGCGUGGAUUCAGCUAAAUGACGGCAAACGAAUUCAGGGCCGAUCCAAGGGUUUAUUCUCUCGAAUAACUUUUCGGGAACCUCUUUUCAUCGGCGGCGUUGGUAACACAACACGUUUAUUGGAUAAACUUCCUGUGACGGAAGGUUUUCAUGGAUGCAUACGUUUGCUAACAGUAAACGAGCAUGUGUACCGAUUUGCUCCACCGCUACUUGAGCACAAUGGAAAUUUGUCUCAUGACUCAUUAAAACCAGCAUUGACACCAGUUGACGUUGUCAAGGGAUUUGAUGUCGAGGAAUGUACUGCUGACCGUUGCCUCUGGGCCCCCUGUCAGCAUGGUGGCAAAUGCUUAAGAACCGAAAGCGUAGGAGAUGCGCAGUGUCUUUGCCCUCUCGGUUUCAGUGGUGAUCUAUGUGAGACCAGACUUGAUUUGCAGGUACCAGCAUUCAAUGGAUCUUCUCAUUUAAUUUUUCCCGGUCUAGAGGAUGCUUGCUCUUCAUGGCUCGAAUUGCAACUUACAAUAAAGCCUCACACAGGAGAUGGAAUAUUACUUUACAAUUCGCAACCAUCCAAAGGCAAUGACGGACUUGGUGACUUCAUAGCUUUAUAUCUAAGUAGCGGCUACGUUGGAUUUGCAUUUGAUCUUGGUACCGGUACUGCUGUUGUGAGGUCGGAGCAGCCCAUUACGUUGAACGAGUGGCAUAUGGUGCGACUUUCACGCUCUGGUCGUUUGGCGUCUCUUCGUGUUGAUGACAUGAGACCGACCGAUGUGCUAACUCCAGGCUCGUCAGCCCAUCUGAGUCUAACACAAAAUUUGCAUAUAGGUGGUGUACCUAACCCGAUCUCAUUACCACAUUUUCUUAGCGACAAGGGUUCCUUCGUUGGUUGCGUACAAAAGGUGGUUAUAAAUGAUCGAACAAUUAAUGUUCUUGCUGAAGCUUUGGGAGGAUCUAACGUUGACAAUUGUCCACAUCCUUGCAUUACAAAUCCUUGUGGACCUGAUGGACAAUGCAUUCCUGUUAUGGACUAUUUCACUUGUAAAUGUAAUACUGUUUCCUAUGGGUCAGGAUGCCAAAUCCAAGUUGGAUCUGCAAAUAUCAAUCGAAAUUCUUCGCUGUCAAUUAAUUCAGUAUCUGGAGUAAGGUUUACUGGAACAGAUAGUUAUAUGCAUUACAACGACGGAGAGACUCUACACAGAAUAGUGACAUACGUAUUGGACAUAAACCUGAGGUUUCGCACCACUUCACCGAAUGGCUUAAUGUUGUGGAGCGGGCGACACCAUUCUAGUUCGGCUAAAGAUCAUAUCGCGCUGGGACUAACUGAUGGAUAUUUGCAACUUCACUACAACUUAGGACAAGGUGAUGUUGAAAUAAUCUACAACAAAACGAGGGUUGCAGAUGGUUUGUGGCACAGAUUGCGAGUUCUGAGAAAUUCGCAAGAAGAAUUUUUAGAGGUGGAUGGUGGAGAACCAGUUUACCGCAAAUCGGUGGGAAAGUUAUUUCUUCCGAAUUGGGAUUCAGGAUUGUAUUUAGGUGGCGUGCCCGAUUUGCAACAGAGUAUCGGGCAUAGGUAUCAAGUUGGAUUUAACGGAUGCAUAUCAGAGCUUAUAUUGGGAGGACAGUUUGAAAUAUCUUUAAAACGAGGUUUAUCACAAAACGUGGAAUCCUGCGCUACUUAA